AUGAGCAGUCAGUCGUCGGAUAUUCAAAGACUGUUGAUUGAGCUAAUCAAUUCAUCCAAGCCCAAAGUGUCUCCAAAUCGCGCUGCUCGGUUUCCGGCAGAGCCAAUGACACUUGAGGACGUGGAGUUUUUGAAGCUCGCGAAUGAGGUGAUCAAGAAGCACCAGUACCGCAUAGAUCCCACCAUCAGAGAUAUUCUGAGCAGGCUCCAGUACGCAAAUUCGCCACAUGGGGGUUUGCCGAUCUCUAGGGAAUAUAUGGGUCCUCAGAUUAAUAGGUUAAUCGGACAGCGCGUGUUUCCGCAGAACUCGGAGUUGGAGUCGCGUGGGAGUCGAAACUCCGAUACGUUUCCCCAGUUGGGGCUGGACGUGUUCAAGAAUCAGCAACAACAACAGCAUUUUGGCCAGGUUGGGUCUUCUUUAUAUGCCAGCCAUAGCCCCCAAUCUCAAAACAACGAGUUGAUAGGCCAGCUCGCCAACAGUAUCAAGAAUAUGGAUCCCACAGAACAGCAAGAGCUAUUUCAAAAAAUAUCUGGCAUCUCAUCGACUUCUAAGCAGCAGGCCACCUCGCCCGGUUUGACUACAUCUCCGCCGCAACAGCUACAGGUGCUCCAAAAUAUAGACGUGCUAUCGAAUCAUCACAACGCCGGGAGCAGCGAGUCUGCGCAGCAGUCGAACCAUUCUAAUCCAACCACGCCUGAAUCACAUCCCAAGAGCCAUGUUUGCCGCACAUGUUCGAUGACGUUCAAAAGGUCUUCGGAUCUCAAACGCCACGAGAAAAUCCAUCUCGAGGUGCCUCCCAACAUCUGCCCGCUAUGCCAGAAAGGAUUUGCUCGUAAGGACGCGUUGAAAAGACACAUAGACACGCUGACGUGUAAAAGAAACCGUGAGCGACUUUUAACGAAGCUGAACGAGGAGAAUCUCAGCGAUAGCGAAUAG